AUAUCAGUGGAUUUACGGGUACCCCAAAAAUAUAUCAUCGAACCAGUGCAAGUGAUUACCAAGGAAGGGGAAAACUCCGAGAUCCCACCCUAUGAUGAAGUGGAUUUUAACAAUGAAAUUUUCAGUGAGGAGGAAAAGAAUAAACUACCGAAUCCGAAAGUAUUGGCAAAUUCUAAACAACCUCUGGGAAAUAGAGAUGAAAAUGUGGAUAUAUCUGCUGAAAAGUUAAAAUUCGAGAAAUCUGCCCAAAAAGAAAAUAUUUCUCGGGAGAAAGUUGAAAAUGAAUCGCCGUUGGAUGCAAGUCUCCCAGAUUCAAAAAAGGAAAAUAAAAAAUCGUCAAGAGAUUCCAAAAAACCUCAAAGAACGGCCGCACAGAAUUCGGAUAUAUCUUCAGAGGGAAUAAGAUCGGAGGACUCCCCCAAAAAAGAAACAAAUUUUCAGGAGAAUGCUGGAAAUGAACCCUUUUUCGACGAAAGUAUAUCAGAUUCCAAAAAGGAAGUCAUGGAGUCCCGUGAAUCCUUGGAUACUUCCAACACAAAUCAAGACGCUGGAUCGGCUGGAUUAUUAAAAACCCUGGAUGCCCAGCAGGAUACGGAGAAUGGAUCUCAGGUACCUAAAGAUACACAACCUAUGGAAACCCCAGUUAAUUUGGGUGAAAACCCAACGACCACAAAACAGAAAACAAAUGAAAAAUCUGCAACCCCAGAUGGCAAAACAUCGACAAAAGCCCCAGCAAGUUUAGGUGAAAAUGAACCGCCCAAAAAUUACCUCAAAAAUUUGCAAAAUCCUGCAGUUGUUGGAAUAAAUGAAACAGUUAUCAACGUUUCAGACACGCUACAGUCUUCUAAGGACACAAUUAAGGAUGAAAACCAAGAAAAUGGAAAUUCCCACCAAGUGGCGCCCAACGUGAAAGGGACCAAUGAUGACAGUUUAAAAGGAAUUGGAUCAGGUAAUAGCCUACAAGACGAGUUAAAGACUUCAAAACACACUUCACAGCAUGAAAAUCAAGAAAAUGGAAAUUCCAAUCAAGUGGCGCCCAACGUGGGGCAGGUCAAUGCUGAUAACUCGAAAAAACCCGAAUCAGAUAUCCACAAUCAAGGCUCGCUUAGUACUUCAAAGAAACCCACAAAGCAUGAGAAACAAGAAAUUGGAAAUGCCAAUAAAGUGGCGCCCAACGUGGAUGCAACCAAUGCAUCAACAAAUUUGAAAGAAUUGGAAAAGGUAAAGGCUCCCACUGAAGAUUUUACUCAAGGCUUACGGAAAACGGCCUUAGAUGUAAAGAAACAUAACGCAACAGAAGUGGCGCCCAAUGAUAGUCAAACGCCUCUGACAGCCAAGGAAGCGUCAAUAAAUUCAGAAAAAAGUAGUUCUUCACCCAAGCUGAAAAAUAUCGACAGCAGACAAAGUGAAAAUAGUGAGGAUCAACCGCCGAUAGCUCACAAGGAAAAGGAACAGACGGAAAAUUCAGAGAAUAUCUCUUUGGAUUUGGAAAAAAAUUCUCUUCUAACACGCACCCUGUUGGGAGAGGCAAUGGAUGGUAACUUGGAAACCCAGGACUCGGCAAUAAAUCCAGAGAAAGUUACAUCCUCCUCGAAGCUAAAUAGUCUCAAUAGCCAACAGAGUGAAAAUGCUGAGAACAAAUCGAACAAGAUUCCCAAUGAACCCUACGAUAAUCUGGCGAGUUUGAAAUACGACACUGAGACUCCCAAGGAAGAAGAGCAGCCUGAAAAGUCUGGAACCCUCUCUUUAAAUUUGGAGAAAAAUUCUCUUCUCACGCGCACCCUUUUGGGAGAAAGUAUGGAUGAUAUCACAGGAAUUAAAGCUUUGGAGACAGGAGCCCUGGAGACAGCCGAAAAAUCCGGUCUUAUGUCUGAAGAUACAAAUGAAAGUGUUGGCGAAGUUCUUCUACCCAUUCCAGAACUGUUUCAGGAGCUAGACGAAAACACCCAGGAAUCUGAUGGCGAUUUAAAAGAAGAUUCCAUCAAAGUCUCAAUGGAGGAGACUGAAAAUCGGGACUCCAUGGCAUUACAGGACGAUAUGCCUAAGGUUUCGGCAAUUAUUUCAGCAGAAACUUCAGAUGGCGAAAUUUCUCAGAAAAAGAGUUCGGCUCAACCUUUUGAGAAUGAAAUUUCAAAGGUUGCUGUGCAAACUGAUGCUUCACAAAUUUUAGAGGGUAUAUCCAAGAAAUACCCAGAAGAACAUGAUGAAAUCUCCAAGGAAGAGUCUACCGGCCAAGCUGAUGUCAUCAAGCCCAAUGAUCCCCAGAUUCUGCAGGUUCCUCAAAUUCCCGGUGAAAUUUCUGAGGAAACUGUUGAUGCUGCCCUACCUUUACAAGAAAAUGCUUUAAACAAACCUUUAGAGGAUGCAAUUCCAUCUGUUACAUCUGAUCUUGGUGCUCCACCAGAUGUUAAAAAAGAAACUGAGAAACCUUCAUCAUCUUCUGUGGAAGUUUCUGGAAUCGAUACUAACUCAGAGACGGUGGAAGCUUUAACAAUUCGGAUUACUUCCGAAACAAAUGAAAUGAGAAAGGAUGGAGAGAAAGAGGAGACACCUCUUUCCUUAAUUGAAAAUCCGGAUACCCCCGCAACCACAGAUCCUCUAUCUCCCAUAGAUAAGCCGGAAAAUGUAUCAGAAAUUCAAGCAUCAUUGAAUCCAUCUUCCGAUUCUGAGCCUCUUACCUCCGUAUUUUCAGACGUUUCCCAAGAAUCCCUAACAAAUAUCAUAGCUACCGAAGAAAAUGCAAUCAAAAAGGAGGAAGGAGAAGAGGGGUCGGUUAUAUCCCUCAAUGGAAAUCACCAUACAUUAUCUAGCUCGGAUUCUACCUUCCUAAAUACUCUCAGUGUGAAUCAAGAACCUCAACACGACGAAACCGAAGUUGUUUCAGGAACUCAAGCAGCCUCGGAUUCAACCUCCUCUAACGGAGAGAUCCUUACCAUCGGUGCCUCAGAUUUUUCCAACGAGCCUCCGGAAAAUUCCAUUACUGCCGAACAAAUAAUCCAGAAUGUUGAGGAACAUCAAACUCUUUUGGCAUCUUCCCCUAACAACUUAGCAUCGGUUGUCUUGGAAACCUCGGAUUCUUCCAAGGAACCCUUACCGAAUUCCAUUGUAUCCGAAAAUGAUAUGAGCAAAAAGGACAAAGCAACUGAAGAUGAGCCUAUUUCCGAAAACAAAGAAUCCAUUUCUUCAGAUACGCCGGAAUCACUCUCCUUAAUCAGUCCUGGUGGAAAUCACGACGUUCUUCAAAAUAAAGUAGAAAAUGUUGCAGAAGCUCAAACUCCUUUGGAGCCAAUGCCUUCUUUUUCCGACUUUGAUGCAAAUGUCUCCUUAGAUACUUUUAAUCCAACAGAUAUUCCAAAGAAACCUGUAGAGGCUAUGGAACAUACGAGUCUGUUUUCAUCCGAGAAACCCAGUUUAGCAGAUUCCAAUUCCCAAGAAACUGCGAAAAUUUCUGAAGAAACACUGAAGGCUAAGUCUGAGGCAGUACUUACCCCAAAACCUUCACCUGAAGUUCCCAAGUCAUCGGAGGAAACAGAAAUCCUGGAUUCUUCGGCAAGCGAAAUUACGCCAACUCAAGUUGUUUUUGAAAAUGUCAAACUGGACGAUCAGCAAACCCCCUUGGAGGCCACAGCAAACCACAAUCAGGAACAAAAGCUGACACAGGAUGAAAGCGAAUCUCAAUUGAAUCAAGGGAACGAUAAGGACAUUUUGGAAAAAGACAGCAAGCUAUCCGAAAACGAAAGUGGCGCCCAAUCAGACAAAGAAAAUAACUCAGAACACAUUUUGGCUUUGUUAGAGUCCAUAGCUGAUAAAAUUAACCAAAGUCCUCUGGAAGCUCAAAACACCAAAGCCAAUGACGAGGAAACGCCUCAGGAGAACUCUGACCCAGAUGGUGGAGUUGCUGGGACUUUAAUGACAGAAAAUUCCCAUGAAAACACAGAGAAAACUCUUGCCUCCGUGAACGACUUGGAAAACAGUCAGACAACGGAAAAAUUAAAAAUGGACGUCUUAAGUGAUGAUCAGAUUAAUGAGCAAGGAAAUGUGGUACCCCCACAUCCCGUUCCCGUCGAAAUUAACUCUGAAGUCUCAACAUCGAUUCCUUCUUCUCCAGAAAAGGCAGAGAAAAAACCUUCCAUGGAUGUUGCCACUGAAAAUAUCGUUGGAAAUAGUUUAACAUCGGAGAGGGUAAAGGUGGAGGCUUCAAGCUCCAAUCAGGUAUCUGAGAAACUCCCAACGGAAUUUUCCACUCCCGAUCUAAACGAAAUAAAACCUUUCCCAGAAGCGGCUGCUUCUUCCCCAGCAACACCUCAAGCAAGCGAGUCUAUGGAGGUGACCUCUUCAAGUGGCCUGGAAAGUAGUGAAGACUUGGAAAAAAUCCAGUCGGCAUCCCUAAGUUUAGAUCAGGCAUCUGACGUAGUGCCAUUGGUAACCUCAAGUCCAGAUCUCGCUGAAAUGAAACCAUCCUCGGAAAUCCUUUCUUUGGGAGUUACAUCCGAAGUUCUGUCGGAAAAGGGUGCCGAAAAACUGCAAUUGCCUGAUUCAAGUCUUUAUCAGGGGUCUGAUAAGGCUCCAUCAGUAUCCUCAAACCCAGACCUCGGCGAAAUGAAGCCAACCCCAGAUGGUAACUCUGAAACUCCUCAAGAUAUUGUUUCACUGGAAGUUACCUCCGCACAGGUACUGGAAAAUAAUCCCAGGCCUCAAACCCUACAGCCUGCCGCCGAGAAAGAGCCAUCACCUACCUCGAAUUCUGAUAUGGCACCGAAAAAAGUCACAUCGGUACCUCCAGUUCCCGAUCAUACCGAAAUGAAGCCAACCUCAGACAUGACAACGGAAGGGCCUGUCUCUGAUAAAAUCACAUUGCCCCUCAGCCAAGAAAGUGGGAACAAAACUCCUGGAACUCCGAACACAAUUUCGUCCCACAAAGUCCAGGAGGCUCCUCAGUCAUCGACAACUUCUGAACAAAUCCCUGGUGAAUCGCUCCCAACUCCAGCCGCCACCGACAACAUCAAAGAGACAACAACAACAACCGAAGCUCCGCAAACUCUGAAACCUAAACCCACGCCUGACUCAACAAUUCCCCAGAAAACAUCGACAACAAAACCCAAACCUGUGCGCAACCCAAGUACCACCUCUCAAACCGGUACCACACAUAGACCCAGGCCCCGACCCACCAAAGGCAACGCUGGCAGUCAAAAACCAAACUCCAAACCUUCACAACAAACUUCGGCAAAUGCCAACAAGCCUGGUGCACAAAAACCCUCAAGGAAUCCUUCUGCAACAGCUACAGCCACCAAACCUAGUCGCAUUCCCUCCAACAGGCCCUCGACCAAUUCUACCACGAAUACCAAACCACAAACCCAGAGACCUAAUAGAAGGCCAAUCCGGCCAACAUUGGAGCCAAAUGGCAACUCCGUUCCCAAACCCGUUAAUGUGGUGCAUCUAAAUCGGACCCAAACCCAACCCAAGCCCACUACGGGACCCGCUGCAAUUCCAGCUCCCAGUGUGGUAUUUGUGAAUAGACCCGAGACGAGUUCCAAGCCGACAACAGGACCCGCCACAGCGCCCAGCAAACCCGUCACAAAUAACCAAAAUCGGCCACCUUUGAGUUUUUGGUUUCCGAAUUUCCCGGCCGGCAUUUUCCCCUCUUUUGGUGCGGCAGCAACAUCCAAACCCAACAACUCAGAGGCCACUGAAAAUGUUACCCCUAGGCCCACACAGACCUUUUGGUUGCCCGGAUUUGCCCAAGCCCCAGCUACUUCCGCCUCGGGCAAUCAAAGACCCCCACAAAAUGCCUGGUUCUCCAAUUUACCCAAUCCCGUGGCAAAUCUUCCUGCCUUCCCUUUGAAUUUAACCAACAUUCCGACGCUCCUCAAUCGAAAUCAGACUACGGGCGUGGGUUUUCUGGCCGUGCCCUGGAACUGGAGACCUUUGAAUUUCACUGGCUUUAGUCCCUUUGCUCCCAAUCGCUUCACGGAAACCCCACCCAUCAAAGCGGAUGCCGGCAAGGUGGAACAACGUGAUAUGGCAUUUUGGGCCAGCUUGUUUGGUAAAACCUACAACAACACCGUAAGGCAGACGCAAAAAGAAAGAACAACCACCACCACCACCACAAGAUCACCCAAUCGUCGAACCACAACGACAACAACAAAAGCUCCCGGUUUCUUUAAACCAUUCGGUAACAUCCAUUAUAAGGCCAUUUCGGUAACAGAUUUCAUUCGAGCCCUCAAAGAGAACGGCACUAUUCUUCCCAAGGAUGAAAACAACAAUGUGGCCACCAUACCUUCGGGUAUUCAAGUUUUGCAUCUCUAUGUUCCUCUGAAAUAUCCAUUCCAGGCGAAAUUUGUAUCCACCCAGGAGCGUUCGGAUUCAACACAGCAUAUUGUCUCCAACAAACUGGAUCAGUUUGAGAGGAGAUCUACCCUUCCGGCCCAAGAACAAAUAGAAGAGGGAGAAGAAGAAGAAGGUGGAAAUAGGCAAGAAGAAGCAGAAUCUGAGGAAGACAGUACCGCCAAUGUCGUUUACAAAAAUCAGCAGUCAAUUGUCCACUCGGCCCCCAAGAUUUUAGCCACUGUGGCCAAUGCCCCCACAUCUGUGGCAAAUGAAGAAAAAGGCUCCGUCUUCUUUGAAUUGGAAAUGCCCAAAUCAUUUGUCCAGUUCGUGAACACCUUUAUUAAUCUAAUGCCGGCCAAGAAGUAA